AUGAUCAUAAACCUUUUCAACUAACCAGAAAUAAGUAAAACAAUAAUCUCAAAUCUAAAUUCAAAAGACUUAGCCAAUUUGAGUAUUUGUAAUAAGUAUUUCAAAAAUCAAUUAAAUUUCGUUUUGAAAAAGUAUUUAGAAUAAAGAUUAGUGCACUUUAUAAAUGUAAUUUUUUAUUUCUAUAAUCCAUUUAGAGUCUAAAGGAAAUUUAUAAUUUUAGAAAAAAAACUAUUCCUGUGCUACCCAAGGACCUAUAUAAAGUACCAAAAAAUAUGGAUAUAAAAAUUAAAGAAUUAGGUGUUUAAGUUAUCAAGAUUUAACUCAAAGAUCUUCCAAGAGAAUUUCUUAGUCUAAACUGGCAAUCCAUUAAUAUAAACGCCAUUCUUCCAGAAGAGUGUAAGUUAAGUACACAAGAUAAUAAAGCCUUUAAAUAUAAUGAGAACUACGUCGUAAUUAAUAGAUCAUUGAUUGAUUAAGGUUUGAAUUACGAAUUCUCAGAAAUAAAUGAAGAUUGCUCCAAAGAAAUAUUAGAAAAAAUAGCCUAAUCAUCAGAGUUUGCUAGUUAUCAAUUAAAUGAUAUGCAAAGUAUAUUAAGUAGACAAAAAGAAAUACUUGAGAGAGUUAAUUAGAAUAAAUAAAAGGUCAUAAAAUAAAAAUAAUAAUAAGAACCAAAUUUAAAUCAAUUAGAUUAAGUCUAAAAAUUUGCUAUUAUCUUAUGCCAUGGAGGUUAUUUUUGUUUAGGAGUUUUUGAUAAUACAGGUUGCAUCUAUCAUAAAAGUGAUCAUCGAUAUGUUGUAAGAGGAAAGGCAGGAGGCCGAUAACUCACCAAGGAUUCGCAUUCUGGAUCUAAUAUCAAAUCUAUUGGAUCUCAAAUAAGAAGGGCCUAAGAAAAAAAACAUUAAGAGAAGGUAAAUUCCAUUCUUAAUGAAUCAUUACCAAUUUUACAAGCAUGCUAAAUUUUGUUUCUCUAAGCCCCAGGAAUAAAUUAAUAACUAUUAAUACAGAAUGAAGAACCAUUAUUCUUGCUUAAGGAUAAGAUAAGGUCAAUCUGUCUAACAGCUAAAAAGGCAAAUUAUACUGAAGUUGAAAGAGUUUACAAAUCAAUUACGAGUGUUUAUCUAAUCUAAAAAGAAGAGUCCUUUUUUUUUUGA